UUGUAUGUGUCGUUAACUAUAUACACACCUGGGAACAGAGUGCCAUUCACCCCCCCAUGUCUCUGUUGGAAUCCCCUUUCAAGUGUCCUGUGUUUGGCCCAUGUUUCUCGGUGGGUUUGGUGCUUCUCUUUCCUUCCUACUGGUUCAUAGAUCGUCUCUUGAGCUGUGCGGUUCCCACCAGUAUUGAUCGCUCCCAGGGAUUUGCACUGAGGCUUCUACGUCUGCUUCUCGGGGUUCCAGUCUUCCUUCUGUUAUUCCUGCUCUCCCUUCCUCUUGGGAUUUUGGGGCUUUUGCUUUGGGCCCCUCUCCAUCAGAUUCGACGUCCCUUCUGCUACCAGAAUCAGUCAGGGGCACAAGCUCCUCCAGAAAAGAUAGUCGGAGGUAAAUGCACAUUUGUGUUCAUCAGUGCCAACCUCUGCCUGUUACCCGACGGUCUCGCCCGCUUCAGUAACCUCAGACACACUCAGAAACGUACUGGUACCAUCUGCAGCCUAUUGGGUGCGCCUACAGCCCCCCGAGAAUAUCAGGGUGUCAAUGGGAAGAGCGAGGAGUCGGCCUCUCUCUGCAGCACUAAUCAUGUCCAGACCAGGGUGGAGACAGACCAGGAGGAAUUUCCUAGUGAGAUCUCCAUUGACUUCCCCAGAGGAGCAGAUUUUCUUUGCCUCCAGGAAGUGUUUGAUGGUCGGGCAAGUGGCAAACUGCGCCGCUUAUUGGCUCCUUCCUUCCCUCACAUCUUGUAUAAUGUUGGCCCCUCGGGGCCCUAUAACUGUGGCUUCAGGUUCUUUAACAGUGGUCUGUUCCUCGCCAGCCGAUACCCUCCUCUUGCCGCCAAGUAUUUCUGUUACCCCAACGGCCGAGGAGAAGACUCACUCGCUGCCAAAGGACUUCUCUGUGUCAAGGUUCAGGUUGGAGUGAAUGAGGAGCAGCAGAGGAUUGUGGGAUAUAUCAAUUGCACCCACUUGCACGCCCCGGAGGCUGACGCUUGUGUUCGGUGUGACCAGAUGUCCCAUUUGCUGCAGUGGGUGUUGGACUUCCAGUCGGAGAACAGCGAGGCCGGAGAAAUAACUGUGUUUGAUGUUCUCUGCGGAGACCUUAAUUUUGAUAACUGCUCAGCAGACGACCACUUGGAACAAUCACAUGACCUAUUUGAAGUCUAUAAAGACCCCUGCAGAGACUGUGCCGGGAGAGACAGAUUUGGGGCACUAGGCACCCUCCUGCGGCCGGAAUGUUUGUACCAUGAAGCAGUUAAUACUCCGCAUAAUAUGAAGAGGACUCUACAGUCUCCCAAUGAGCGGCAACUUUAUUUAGCCCCCCCUCUACCUCUCAACUCAAACCCUGAUGUGCCGCACGGGACAGGCCGUCGCAUUGAUUAUAUCUUGUACCGGCCCCCGGACUCAUUCCCUGCCACGGUUGUGGAUCAGUUUGUGUUUAUUACGCAGCUGGCAGGGCUGUCGGACCACAUUCCCAUAUCUCUCCGGCUCUCGGUAUCUAUUGACCCCACGACUUGUCUCUGAUGGGGGAGCGACUGCUGCAAAUGCAACUCCAACACCUUCUUUAUUCUGCCAUUGGUACAACCAUCACUUCUUCUGUUACUUCUGCCCAGACCCUCGGAAUCAUGGGAGCUCUGGACUCCGUUAUCAUUUCAUAAGAUUUAUUCACACUUGUCUGGGACUUUACAUAAAAUCUUUGCACCAAUCGCUGGCUCCUUAACUACUCGCUCAACUCUCCCCAAACUCAAGUUAAGCCAUUGAAUAUGGGAGAGAUUAUUGUAUUGAAUGUUCUAGUUCUGAUGUUGAAAGACAUUGACUUAUUCAUCAGAUGGUUCAACAUUUCUCUUAUUAUUCAGUAAAGAAUGGCGGCCAA